ACGGCAACCAUGCUUUUGGCUUCUUUGUUGAUCCGCUUUUGCAUCAGCAGAAAGUUAAGAGUCUUGCUUCUCUCUCAGGUUUAAAACCUGCCCACUUUAUGGUUUAACGUUUUAGUGGAGCUUUGCAUUUUUUCUCUACUUUGGAAAUGGAUAAUAGCUUUCAUCGUGAGGAGAACAUGGACAUGGAAGAGAGUUGUGAAAGCAGACAAGCAGUCCCACACAGGAGAGGUUGCGGUGGAAGACGACGGCACUCCUUUUUUUUUAUUCUGGCAGUGUCAGUACUUUUGUUUUUCUGCAGCAGAAACAUGGAAGAUGUUGCAUCUGACUGGAGACCUACAUUUUGGAUGCAGUAUAUGGCAACCAAAUGGUGGACUCGGUUGAAAACUGAAGCGUUUCUCAAUGUCUCAACGAACAACCUUUUUGGAGUUACUUCUGAAACUUCUCCAGUUAGUCAAAGUCCAUAUAUCGUGGCUUACCCCCAUGAGUAUCACUUCAUUAUAAAUGAGCCAAAAAAAUGUGAAGAUCAGAAAUCUUUUGUGGUUCUCAUGGUUCCUGUGGCGCCUCACAACAGGCGACAGCGCGACAUCAUUCGCAGGACCUGGGGUGGCAACAGGGUGGUGUUGGGCAAAGUAGUAACUGUCCUUUUCCUGUUGGGGCUCCAUACUGGAGAACCGGUGCCACAUAUGGAAGAACAUUUGCAGCAAGAGAGCAUUGAGCACCAGGACCUGAUCCAGAGCAGUUUUCAGGACUGCUACAAUAACCUGACCAUCAAAACCAUGGUGAUGCUUGAGUGGCUCAACUUCUACUGCUCUGAAGUCUCUUAUGCUAUGAAGAUCGAUUCUGACAUCUUCCUCAAUGUGCCAAAUCUCAUUACCAUGUUGCUGAAUGCUCAAAAGACAAACUACAUGACUGGACUUGUGGCUAGAGAAGCAGCAGUCCUAAGAGAUCACACCUCCAAGUGGUACCUCCCAGUGGAUAUUUACCCGAAACCUCAGUACCCGCGUUAUGCUUUGGGUCUGGCAUAUGUUCUGUCUUUGGACCUGCCGAAAAAGCUUUUAGAGGCUUCCAGACAUGUCAAAGCCAUUUACAUUGAAGAUGUGUAUUUGGGCUUGUGCAUGGAAUACUUGAACAUCCCUCCUACAGACCCUCCAAAUUGGGAUUACUUCCAGGUCUUUCCUGUGCCGUACAAUCGCUGUUCUUAUUCCAGACUAGUUGCCACCACCUUGGACAAUAAUACUGAUCUUCUGUGGGUUUGGAAAGACUUCAAUCAAGCAGGGAAGUCCUGCUGAUAUGCCAAAAUGGGCUUUAUAUGGGCUAGUCAUCCAUUUUGUACCAUUUCUCUUGUAAGGAGCAGAACCCUGUCCAAUCUGACUUUGCACCAAAGGCGGAAAACACCCAGGACUGGUUUGCCAGUCAUCUAUUACUUAUGUAGACUAAAAGUAGUCAGUAUUUAACAUCCCCAUAUAAACAAUUAUCUUUUUGUCUCAGGGAUUAUCAUCUACAUCAGGGAUGAGUAUUAUUUGUAAAAGUGUCAUACAAUCUGCUGUGCCUAUCUACUUCCAACAUCUAGCAGUUAUUUUGCAUUAAUACAUGCAUAAGUUGCACUUGCAUAAGUGCAAUGCCAGGUUAUAAUGACAGACCAACCCAAACAAACAGAAUUACAUUUUUUGAUUUUUACUGAAUGAAACACCCAGAAUAUCCAUGAAUAAUGGAAUUGGGAUUACAUGUCUGUAUCUGGGUAUCUUUGGAACUCAAUUAGCCAGCAAUGUUGUUAUACCUUUACUAUUCCUGAUCAAUAAGCAAAGAAAUCAAGAUAUGUUGUUAUUCAGACUGAAAGGUGAGGACUUGAAGGAACAUAUGAACAAUAAAAGCAGUCUGUCAGCCCACCUUUUGCUCUGUAGUUCACAUUUUUACCUUAAAUUGCUGACAUUUCUGUCUGAAAGUAUGGCAAAGGACACAGGGUGCGAUGAAUUCCAGGUGGUCCAGGUGGUGGUGGUUACAAAGAACUGUACUGUGUACUGCUGAAAGUCCAUGAGUUUUAAAAUUGUCUUGAAAAUAAAAAAAAACA